CUCCCUAUAAUAGGCUUCGAUAUUUUUUUUUUUUUUUUGAGAGAGCAAGCGAUAAUGAGAUUUAAGCCUACCUCAUUCCACAAUCCUUAUUUUGGUCAUGGCCGUAGUCUCCCACGUCGUGGAUAUGACAUCUGUCAUUCUCCUUUAGCGAGACGGAGGGAGGUCAAUUCUGAGAUUGAAAAUUCUGAUGAGCUAAUAAGCAACUUACCUGAAUCUGAAACUCAGGAUGAGAAGAUCUCUGUGGCCACUACCUCCGCGCCACCUAUGUCAAGGUUAAGCGUGGACGAGCAAUCCCUCCGCAUGGCUGCUUUGGCUUUGGAAAAGAAGAAGAAGAAAUCAGCACCUAAGGCAUUGCUCGCUACGGAGAGCAAACCUAGCACCUAAGGCAUCCGUUUUAUCAUACAAUCACCAGACACCAACUAAUAUCGCUUUAUCAUUUCUGUUGUGUUUUGUAAACUUAAGAUGACAAAUUUGAUUUCCAGUAGGUUUAUCUAAAUCUCAAAGAUAAAUGCAACGAA